AUGGAGGGUUACUCCAAUGAAAACAGGGGUCCGUCGCAGGAAUCAAGGGGUGGAUCACGCGAGGGACAUGGCUCUGCGGAACAAUUGAAUAUUCGAGCACCGGAGCAGAAGCAUGUCGUCGGCACAUUUGAUCCAAACUACCAAACGCUAGCCGGAUUGAACAAUGCAGACAUCUUCCAAAAUAAGGCAGGCGGUGGUGGAGGAAUGGGAGGAGGAAUGGGAGCGCAAGCUGCAAGGCCGCCAGCUCAAGGUCAGAAUAAGAUGGCUGGAACAUUUGAUCCGAAUUACCAAACACUUGCUGGGCUCAACAACGAGGAUAUCUUCAAGAAAAAACCCGGUGCUCCUGGUAUUGGUGGAGGCGGCGGUGGGGCUUUCCCAGGAGGCAAUAUAAAACCACCACCUCCAGUCCCAGCAGGUGGGAAGAAGAUGGCAGCUACAUUCGACCCGAACUACCAAACCCUUGCUGGACUGAACAACGAAGACGUGUUCAAACCAAAGGGUGGACCUCCACCACCUCCAGCGAAACCUCUUGGUGGUCCAUUCGGAGGUGUUCCUCCACCCAAACCACAAGCUCCAGCUAGAGGCGCAGGGCCGAAAAUGGUGGGUACAUUCGAUCCGAACUAUCAGACGCUUGCUGGACUCAACAAUGAAGAUGUAUUUCGGAAAAAGUGA